CCGGAGUUCCAGCCAGCCAGUUAGUCAGACAGUCAGCCAGCGUGUCCUCCACUGGCUGCUCACAUGUGAGGAGUGAGGAAGCAGACAAGGACUCGGAACAGCAUUGGGAUUAAUUAACCGAACAAUUGGAUUACGAAACACCAUCUUUGUUUCUCUUGGUGUUGUUCUUUUUUCUUUUUAUUUUAUUUUUUGUAUUUUUCGACUUCAAGAGCUGAAGAACCAACCUGCCACCAUGUCUCGCGCUCCAGAUGAUGUGAGCAAGCUCACUGAAAGCACAUACAAGGUGAGUGAAAUGAGGAAAUAAUUGAUGUAUAUCAAAUGAUAAUGUCGCUAAUUUGUGAUUCAGGCUAAAAUGAGGGAAUAUUGUUGCCAUGUUUGGGUCAUGCGUCAACUUUCCUGCAUCAAACAUUGACCAUAAAAUUGUUAAAGAGAGUUAUUGUGUGCAUUUGCUUUGCCUUUAUUGCACUUGUCACGUUUUAUGGCAGUUUUCUUCCCACUUAGCAUAAAGAGUCCAGGCUUUUGCUUUCACAAUGUAAUAAAAAAAAUGACUGGGCAAUCGAAACUUUCUGUCGUUGUUUACUAGUACAAUUCACGACACACCCUGUUUUCUAAUUAGUACUGGAUGCAUACACAUAAAUCACUGCAAACCACAAUAUGAGAGACAGAAAGGAAAAUCAAGUUCUUCCACCAAUCAAACUUCUGUAGCUUGUCGGAGGAGUUGAAGGGAUCAAUAUCUAUUUGAUCAUUGGAUUGAUCUUAAUCCCUGAAUUAAACUAAUCAAAUGAGCACCACUGGCUCUGACGUGUGAGAGGCUGGGUGUGAUAAGGUGAACUGGUGUCUCAGUGAGGACUUUAUAAAACAUAAGUAGAAAUGAAAAGGUUCAUACUAUGGAGUUUGGUUACAUUUGAAUAUUUAUAGCCAGUUAAGGUUAAUAUUAUUUUUUCUGUUUGGUGUCCUCCCUAGUUUAUCUGUAGAGGUAGUGUGUGUGUGUGUGUGUGUGUUUUCUGUGUGUGUUUUCUGUGUGUGAGCGAGAGUCAUUGCUAUAGUUUACGGUCUGCCACAGUUUCAGCUGUGAGAGAGAAAAACAAGGAACCUGUUUCCAUUUCUCCCCCCCUCACUCUCUCCCUCUCUCCUUUGCUUCAUUCUUCUUCUUUAUGUGAUGUCAUACCUGCCCCUUCAUUGUUCAAUUGAGGGCGUGCCUGGGGAGUAGAGACGGGAGGUGAACAGCACUUGAUUGUUGAGGUCUUUCAAUAGAGAGAGAAAGAGAGGGAGACAGAGACAGAGAAGGGGGGAGUGAUGAGGUUAAUGCUGCAAAUAGCUGCGACUUUGUGUGGGACUUCGCUCUCUGGAGGGAGUUGUAAGGCAUACGUGAGGGGUCAAGUUAAAGAUUGAAAGUUUUAUUGUUCUCACAUGGUGAUAUUUAUAGCGCAAAAAAGCACCAACACAUGCACUUGUUUUCAUGUAUUUCUUCUCUCCACCCACUGCCGCAAAAAUAGCCCCAUGAGUUCUAUUAUUCCCAGCAAGCCCUUUUCAAAAAUAUACUGAGAAUUUGUAGACGUUUUUGAAUAAUUAAAAGCGAGUGACUCACUUAAAUGUGUGAAAUUGUAUUAUUAGAUCAGGAUAAGAGCAAUUGUGCUUUCUGUUUUUCUCCACAACUUUUAAUUUGUGCUCUUUGUCCCAGAUUGUGAUGGAGCAGUUCAACCCUGGCCUGAGAAACCUGGUUAUCCUUGGGAAGAACUAUGAGAAGUCCGUCACAGGUAAACACAGCUUUUACCCUCACAUAAAACAUAUUUAUGAUCACACCUCAUUAUCUUCUGCAUGAUUAGACUUACAAACUUUGGAUCUAAUCUGAAAACAUUGAAAGAGCUGCAGCAUAAAGUCAAGUUUUGUCUUUAUUAAUAGUUUUGCCUGAACACAAAAUGAUCCAACAAGUCCUUUUCCCCCAGCUGAUUACUUGAUGUUUGUCUCUUUCCCCUGACGCAGCGAUGACUUUAGCUGGAAAGGCCUAUUUUGAUGCUGUUUCAAAGGUUGGAGAGAAUGCUAUCGUGUCUCCGGUCUCCAGAGAGCUUGGUGAGUCGCAUUCAAAUCCACUUUGAGUCUGAUGUAAAUGACUUGAUAUGUAUAAAUGUAUUUUUGGUGCAGCUAGGCCAUGAAGAAGAUAAUGAUUCCCAACUUUCGAACUCUGUGGAAACAUAUGAUACUGAAAUAUUUAGACAGAUCUAAAAGUUUGACAAUUACAGAAAUAAACUUCAUGACUCUCUAGUCAGGGAAAAAUGUGUGAUGUUUGAUGAGAAAAGUGAUACCAUCGUGUCUCUAUUUUGAAUACAAAGCUACAGAUAACAGUUAGUGUAGCUUUGCUCAAACAGUGGAGCCUUAUGGGUAAAAGUAGCAUACCUUCUUUCUGUAUUUAUCAUCUCCACUCAACCUCCUUGUCAUACGUAAAACAUAACAUGUAAUUUAUGUUUUUAAUCAAUACUUCAUUAGCUGUUAAAUUGUGACCUUUUGAGGCUUUGGUCUUUGGUAGUUUUAAUGAAAACUGGUUUUGCUAUUUUCUCUUUAUUGUCUUUAGACCAACUGAUUGGAGGAGUUUUAUAAACUUUUUAGGAUCUCUUAAACUGUGAACUUUAAAGACACUUUUAAUUGGCAGCUGUUUUGUUAGUUUUGGUGAGAGCUUCACAAGCUGUGUUCUUAUGUUUACAGUCUAAGCUAAGCUAAGCUAAGCUAGGCUAGUUGGGUGCUGACUUGAAUGUAUCCAGGUCUGUGAACAUGGAGGCGGUCAAGUAAGGCAUUGGCCACUUUUCGAAAUAUGACUGACCACUCUUUUUUCCAUGUAAAAUUCUCAGCUCUGAUUGGCAACUUGCCUGGUUUGAGGUGGACCUGAAGGACUUGAGUUAAAGUCAAUAUAUAUUGGUCGGUGUUGCAACUGGCUGCCAAUGGCUGUCUUUACGUUUUAAUGUGACACAAUUACUCGAGUUCCAUUUUAAAUUGUGACUUUAAACUACAAAUCAUUUUUUUAAUCCAUAAUUAUUCAUGCAAAGAGGAUUUGAAUAUUAUCAUCCUUUUGAUUUAAUAAUUAAAUGCAUACACACAGAAAUGCAUCACCUUUUUGAUAGUUUGUUGUUAGUAGUCAACCUAGAUAUGAUAUGUCGGAAUAGAAAGGAUGAACAUAUUCCAUUAAUACAUGUGUGCGGUUACCUUAUGCCACCUCUUCAAAAGUCUGCCCCAUCUGGACCACCCGGGCUGAAAAGUCUUGCAUGCCCCCUUAUAACUUAUAAACACGUGACUAGGUGAUCCCAUUAUAUCUUCACAAAGAAGACAAAAAGUCCAGUUUCCAAAUGUGAAUUUGGCCAUUUAAAGACCCGGAAAGAACAGAGUGACUUCGGUGACUUUCACAGCACAUCACACCUCCUGCUGCAUCCACAAACCCUCUUGGAUUGUGGAAGCUGAACACCUUCAAAAUGCUGUUCCUUUGGGACUUAAUCAUGAUGACACAUUUUGUCUGUGUGUAACAGUAAUCCAAAAUGUGUUUCCAUUAUGCAAACAUCUGGUAAUAACACUGAUUGACAGGUUCACAGUUAACAAUGGAUAUUCAUCAUCAUCUGCUGUCUACCUCUGGCUCUGACUAAAGUGCUUCUUCUCUUCUGUCUCUGCUCUGACGCUGCCGUCAAAUAGGUACAGGUUGUUAUUCAUCCAUCCUCUGACUCAUCUCCAAUUAUUCUAUUAGUGCAGAAAUUUGUAGAUGACCUACUUUGCCUUGGGGCCUUGAUUUUGAGUUCUUACUGUUCAUUAAGUUGCUUUUUGUGCUCUGCUUUACCACCUCUUAACACACUAGAUUAUAAAUUGGCUCCGUGUUUGGCUAGACUCAAAUAACAGACAGGAAAAUAGAGGAUAGUAGUAAAAACUGCUAAAAAAAAGCUUUACUUUUAGUUCUUUACCAUUGAUUAAGACAGUCUGCAUGAACACUGUUCGAUUCAGACAAGGUGAAGCUGUUUUCACAGAGCUGUUACUGUGUGAAAGAGAAGCAAAUUGGGUGUGUCUUCUUGGUUUGGUGAAAAUGUAAAUAAUGGAAUAAACAAGUUAGCAUAACAACAACUAAUAUGUGAGAGAGAUAUGUUUCUGAAAAAGAAACCAUAAGGAAUACGUCUGAUAAUCAGAAAUGGACAGUCUUACCUAAAGUCCCAGAAAGAACCUUUGCCCUUUUAGAAAUUAGAGUGAAACAUAGACAGGCAUGUUUUGAUUGAUGGUAUAUGAGUGCAACCAAAACAUGCGGCUCGAUAAUACCCUGCAAUGUUGAUCAAGUUUUUCGGGCCGCACCUGUUGGUUAACAAUGGCUCUUCAUCUCUUCAUAAAUAAUAUGUUGAUGUUUCAUGGUUAGUGACAUUUUUACCACAUGCCAGAAAAACAAUAAGCCAAAGCAACUCCACAAAUGCCGAACAACAUGCUUCACCAAUUUUACCUCAUGUCAUGUGGAAAUUUGCUGCUUCAGCAUCUUUGCUUCAUUUCCAAAAUAAAGCCUGCUUGUGUAACGUAACCAAUACAGAGCUAGUUGCAAUCUUGACUUGCGGCAAGAUAAAAAAAAGUCAGAUGAUGGGCACUUCCAGUUUUUUCAGUUGAAGUUCACUCUUGAAAGAAAAUCCGCUUCUUAAAUUUCAUCAUACCUGAUAUUUUAUUCUCAUAUUUGAAUAUCAACCCCCAAAUCAUAAUGGCUUCCAGACAAAAAAAAAAGGCCCAUGAAAAUCUUGAACUUAUACCCACAAGCCCUGUCAUUCCUUCUCAGGCUGGAAUAGACGACAACGAGACUGUGUGAAUUCUCUCACACAUUGCAGGGAGCAGAGCAGCAAACACACUGAACAAACAGACAGACAGAGAGGACUGUCUUCCCACCACUCAUCCUCUUCAUACCAUGUCGCUCCAUCUGCCUAACCAAACCCACCAAUGGUCUUUAUCGUCUGUUUGUGGAGGCCUGAGGAGGCUCAAACUGUAUGGGGAAAAAAAGGAGACCAUUAUUGAGUUUCCUUCCAUUUUUUUUAUUGGCGUAGUGUUUUAAAAUAAAUGACAGAGAAAGAGUCAAACAAUAGUUGGUAUGUUUGAUUUAUAGACGAGAGAUGGGACAGCUUUCCUCCGGUUAAAUCAUCAGUUUUUACAGUUUCCUAGUAUUGCUUCACAUAAAUCAACGACUUUACCUGUCGGAAGGAAGUCUGAUUUGGACCCUAGAGUUCAGCAUAAUUUCUUUCAAAACACACUUUUGUGAAGGAUAAAAGACCAAACAAUUACCCAGUUAUUAUGGCUCUUACAAAGUUGUUUCUCUCUUCGUCUUGGAAAAAUGGUUUGGCACAGAAAUCACUUGCGUCACAGCGGUUGGCAGGUAUUUUCAGAAGGUAACCCAAGGCUUUCUCAUCACACUGCGCUGCUUUUACGCAACUUCCACUGAGAUUUUCUUUUAUACUAACACUGUAUGGGGGUUAAAGUGAAGUCAUAAGGAAAUACUUUCUGUCAAACUUUUCGACUGCCUGAGGACAGACAAAUGAUUGAAAGCCACACCUGUACUGUUUGGUUUUCCACACCCCACCACACAGGAAGAAAAAAAUCCACUUUAUUGGGAAAGAAUUUUUGAUCAAAGUCGAUCUUUUGGUAACCUUGCAGAUAUACUUUUUUUCCUGACUUCAAACAGUUAUCUUAACCCAGCUCCUCCAUUAGCAAUCAGCAUCUACCAGUGUCAAGACGAGGCAUCUCACUGUCUGAAAAUACAGAUGGAUCAAAAAUGAACCUUGCAGGGUUGUGUAUAAUUUGAAUCCUAAAUGAAAAAAUCUUAAACAGCAAGUUUAAUGUUGAAUAAACAAAGCAUAAAGUACCAUGAAAUAUAGCAAAUCAGGGGUUUUAUUGCUACUUUCUUUCAGUAUCAUCAGUGGCCAAUGGGAGCUAAUGUCAGCAACCAUUAGAAGAAUACACUUCACAUUUUGGGGUUUACAUAAGCCAAUAGAGGAAAGUUAGAUAAAAGCAUUUACUGCUGCACUCCCAAGUUAAUGUCAGCUUACAGAGAGAAGACGCACAACACAUAAAACCUAAACCGAGUUAACCUCUUUGUUCUGGUAUCAUUAGCUGCUAGCUUAGGCUAGUUCUACCUUUGACAAAAGAUUGACUUUACAGUUUGCUUUUUGUGCUACUCACAGUUUCCCCAACACUUUACUUUAGCUAACAGAAGUAAGAAGAUGUUAACAGACUGUAUCUCAGAAGAAAUGUGUGCCAUGUCCUCCAUGUAGUCCUCUAACUUCUUCUUAGUUUACCUUACGAUCUUGUUCAAAUCUGACCGAGUUUCAAUGGCCAACUACCUAUAGGUUUUUUGAUUUGCACAUGGAUGUAGCUCGGUGUAAUUUUUCUGUUUGCCAUCUUUCUUGUGACUUGGUGUACCACACACAUAUCCCUCUGUAUAUUUAAAGUAAUAGUUUACAGUGAAUGCACAAUGAGAAACUUCCUGUGCUUUAGUGUGUGACUGGACUCUGCAGGGAGUUGCCAUGAAAAGGCAGCAGGUAGCGAGGGACUGAAAAUGGUACAGGAGAAAGAAUGGCACCAUUCCCACCCUUUCCACCUUUUCUCUGCGCUGUUUGACAAGCCUCACGCAGGAUUGUUUUUUUGAAAUAUUGAAGAACAAACAGCAUGUGAAAAAUGGUAAUGUCAACCAGAGGGAUAUUUUCUCCCCAGAUGAUUCAGAGCUGACAGUCAAUUCAGUGUGUCCUAUACAUAGCACCCGUAAUAAGUUUUUUUUUUUUUUUUUUUUUGGAGGUACAGGGUUAUUUUUGUUGUUAUUGUUAAUAAAAUUUUGAAACAUUUGGUUUGGAGCAUUUCAGAAGCAGUAGAAGAACUUCAUUGAUCCCCCAAGGGAAAUUCAAUAGGGUGUCAAUUGCCCUUCAUUUUAGACUCUAUGCUACUCGAAGCACUUGUUGUACCCUAAAGUCAGUAAAGCGAAACUUCUAUUGCAUCUGUACUUUAGGCGCACAUUUUAACUGCAUUAACACGCGCCUUUUUUUCCUCAAAGUUUUGAUCCUUUUCAUGGAAGUGAAGAAGUUGUAUCAGCUGUAGAGCAUUUGAAAGAAGUAGAACAGCUAGCUUGACGAUAUAGCAUUAGUGUGUUUGCAGCGCUGUGUUAUCAAGUCAUACAGACUCUCCCUGAGCAUACAAGACUGUUGUAGAUGAGCAAAAUAGAAAAGGGUGGUGGUUUGUUUUUUAAGAGUCCUCUCAUUGCUCAGCCAGUUAUGACUCCUGUCUUCACACUCCACAGCUCUGUAAUGAUGGCAGACCUCAAACAUGCUCGUCCUCCAUCCACUGUCAAACAGGCUCUUUCCAGGCCCUCUUGUACUUUUUUCUCUAAAGGGACAGACUGCUCGAUAAACUGAGGCACUGGACUGUCUAAACCUCUGUCAGACCUCAAUCAUUUCUAACAAGCACCCAUUACUCUUUUGACCCUGUUUCAUCAGAUAUUCGAGAUUUCAUUGAGGGUCCAAAUUACUCCAAAAUCACAACGACCAAAUGUAGCAUGCUCAAAGUUAAUGUGAUUUGAGGUUUGCUUUCAGUUUGUUGUUUCAGCCAAAGAAACUGAUGGCAAUGCAUGAGGCUGAGGUUGGUUUUAUAUGGUCUAGUAAUAAAUGAUCACGUGUGCUGUAUGUAAUGGCAUGUCGUCACUCUGUGUUAAGGAAGUUGUACUGAUCAACAGUAAACACAGAUGAUUUGCUGAAAUACGAUUGACAUCCAAAUCAGUACAAACCAAAAAGACUGCUUUUGAUCAGCUGUGUUGGAUGUUGGUUUCAGAUGUAAAAGAGUGCAGAGAACUCCGAGCGUGUACACUCUUUUACCCACAGAGUUUGGUUUACAGCUGAGAUUAGAAAUUGAUCGACUGAAAGGUUGUUUGGCAUCUUUGAAGUGCACCUAUUUGAGUUUAUGCACUCACUGUUUACAAAGCUAAUUCACCAAAAAGUCUAUUAAUCAAUGGGUCUGUAACAAAUCAUAUGAUCUUUAACAGCAGGAAGAGUUUGUCCUGUCGUCAAAUGAACGAUGAGUUUCAUUCUCGUUUUUUCAAAGUAGAGUUUCGGUAUAGGUGAAUUUAUUAGUUGUUCUGUAGUCUCUGAUGGCCAGACAUCAGAGACUAUUGGGUGUCCAUUGGAGUACAGUCAACCCUCCUUGUGUUUAGUCAGUCUAGCUCUGAUUGUGACGUCACUUUGAUAAGAGAGAGGGAACAGCUCAUCUAUAGCAACCUUCAAUCAAUGCUUCCCUCACCUGAACUUGAAUCAUUUAGAUAUCAUUCAAUCCUGACUCACAUCGUACGUAGCUUAAUUUUAUCACAUGCUCUACUAGUGUUGCUCCUGUGAUAGAAUAAUGCUACGUGACCUGUUCCAACUCUGUCUUGCACAAUAGAGGACUGGUUAUCCAUUAAUUGUAGGGAAAUAAAGGUGAUCAGGGGAAAAGGUGCCAACAGGUCGGCUGCCAGGGUUCAAGCUAGCCAACAUCCGUUUAAAGCACUACUUUCUUAUCUAGGACCAAAAAUAGGCAGGGGUUGUGUUGGCAUGGGGCACUCCCGCGCUGUAAAAGGUGUCACCUGUGGAGAAUGUAAGGUGUGGCUCUAUGUCCUAUCUGCAGUCCCGUAAGGAAGGCAUUUAAUACAGGUGUUGGAAAGAAUCCAAGCAAGUCUUAACUGGACGAAUUUUUAAAAUAACCACUGUGAAUUAUUGCAAGAACUGACUUUUGAGUGUUUUUAGGCUGUGUUGGAAAUUACUGUGACACAGGUCAGGUUGUGAAUGUUCUUUAUAGAUUACUAUGACCUGAAGAGAUUAGUUUUGAUAGUAAUCUGAUCAGAUAAAAGCUGAAACACUCUAAACUGUCCUGCUGCUGAAAUAAAGAAAACAAUAUUAUGAAAUCAGAUAAGCCCAGGUAACCCAAUCUUGGUUUCUCCUCGAACAAAGGAUCCAUUUUGUGUUGUUCAAAGCUUUUGAGUUCAAUUGAAACAACUUUGACUGAGAAGAUCCGUAUUAUCCUGACCCAUUUAGGCUCAGACUGGGUUUCUAAUUCAAGUCGUAGCCUAAUAACUUCAAUGUAUAUGUUGGAUAAAAAGUUCAUGUUAUGCAGACCUUGUCGUGAAGUAACAAAAAACCGACACAUUAUGCGCUAUAGACAAUUUGAGGUCAGCUGAGGAGCUCUUGGAUAAAGUGUCAGCUUUCCUCAUAAUGAAUCACAACAGACGCAGUGAAUCAUGAGUUUUGUAGUUUUCCACAGAGAAUCUUUUAUCAACCCUGUAUGAACCAUGUAGAAAUCCAUGCUCACACACCGUAGAAGUCAAAUAGUUUGAGGUGAGAUUAGAUUAUCUUGGUGCUUAAAAACUUCAAAAGAAAACGAAUGGCCAGUGAAAGACAGAGAUUGGAGAUAAGAUACAGAAGGAAACAGGGAAAGCUGCCCUGUGAUGUUACAGGAUAAAGGUGAUGAACUUGAGUAGCAGCUCUUUCAGUUCAAAACCCUGGAUGAUGUUAGAGGGAAAUGCAGCUCAGUUUACUCUGUUAGGUUGUCCAAAUUCCUUACUUACCAUUCAGUCUAUGUAUACUAAGCUGUGAUAACUUUCUGCAGCAUUUACUUUCACACCUUGUUAACCCCAAAGGUGAAACCUGCAGGUGUCCAAGGGCCUCUUUGAACCCCCCCUUCCUGCAUUUCUCAGCCCCCCUCCUCUUACCCGCAUGCAGGUUGUUGUUGGGGCUGUACAAACAGCUCCCCAAGCCCACUGCUGCCGCCACCCUUACCCCUCCCUGUCCAAGCACAAAGGCAGCAUUUACCAGUACGUUCUGGUGACCUUCAGAGGGCAAUGUUGUUGUAGCAGGACACUGGCUCUUAGAUCACAGACGCUCAGCUGUCUUUCUGCAGGUCAUUACUUUUGUUUGCUCAGAAAGGUGGUGGAGGAUUGUCAGGGGUCUGCACAAAUUUUAAGGCGUUUACAUGUGCUGACAUUGGCAUUUUCACCUUAAACACUCAAAGAACCCUACACCUAUGUUUCUUUUUGACUUUUGGCAUAAGGUGUUAAAAAUCUUGCAUUUUUUUGACACAUUACCAGAACCUAUACAGUCUUUACAGGUCUCACCAGAACACCAUGUCCUAUAGUAAACCUUGAGUCUAGAUUUCACCCCAUUGUGACAGAGGUAGCGCUAUAAAGUGCUUAGCUAUGAUUGUCCACUCAUGUUUACAGUAUUGACUCACUCCUAUUGUCUCAUGUCAUAUGCUGCUCUAUCUGCGUUGUGGCCCGGCUGUGAAUGGAGACUGUUCUGUGUCUGACCGCACAAUACCAGAACAUUUCAAAGAGAUUACUUAUUGACAGCUGUUCAAAUAUUGAAAGGAGAUAAGUCAUCUGUAAAAUAUGGGGCUGUAAAGAUGUAUGCAAGGGUUGAUAGAAGAGAAAACAGGUUACAUUGAUGAUACAGACUAUUGAGAAAGUGUUGAUUUGAUCUCUUUGUAAAGUGCAUCUCAUUCUGCAUCUGCUUUUUGUUACACUCUGCUUUUGAAUGUUCCACUUUUAUUGGUGCAAUAUAUGUGCAUUUUGAGGAAAUGUCCAGCUCCUUUGUGCAAAGAGAGGACUGGUACCAGCCUUCUGGUCUUCUUGUGAUGCAAAUGAAGUUACCACCAGCUUAACUCAGCGCAGGAACUGGGAUUGCAACUGUGUUGUCACUUCCACUUUUGGUGAUUGAAUACAGUAAAACUCUUGUUUUUUAAACUCAGCUUUGAAAGAAUGUUGAAUAUUUCAAAAUGUUGAGGUCCUAGUCGUUUUAUUUACCCCUGAAAACAAAAGCAUCUCUCUUUUAAUGACUGACAUCCUAAAAGUUGUCCUUUAUCUAUUAUCAGGUGUGGUUCUGAUGGAGAUCGCAGAAGCCCACAGGAAAGUCCACAUGGAACUUGAAGAGAACGUGAGUAGCCUCAAAAUUCAUAUAUUGAUCUUUUCUUUUUAUCAAAACAUCAAAACCACACCUUGAUCAUCGAGCCGCAUAUGCCUCUUUCCUUUAUAACGCCAGACUCCUUUUAAAAAAGACAUAAUAAUGACUCUCACUGUUGCACGACGCAGCAUGUCCCUUAAUGAGGAUUAAUAUGAGCACUGUAGUUUGUCUGAUCCUGCACACACAGCCCAACUCUUGUCGUCGCUAGGUUGCCAAAUCAACUAUAAGUAGCUUCAGUCAAAUGCAAAAUUCACCAGGGGUGAUCAAGACAUUUGUUCACAUCUAUGAUUAGAUUUAUUAUGAUACAAUGAGGUUGUCAUACCAUGCUGGUAUUUAAUUCAUCACAGUGUUUCUCACAGAAUGACAGUGUACCUGUGAUGGGGGAGGUGGUGACAGAGGUGGUGUGUGUUUAUGUGUGUGUGUGGGUGAAAAUAUCAAAAUACAGAACCUUUUCUACAAUAUGUUAAUCUCAUCUACCCAGUGAUUCUAUGUUUGGAUUAGUUUACACAUCAAUAGACCUUGUUCUUGUGGUGUCACUCUCUAUAGGUUGUACAAAUCUCAAAUAUCUUUCCAACUGUGGUGGUUUCAUAACUCUUAGAUUAGUGAGCAGCCACACCGCAUAAAGACAGAGAUGAUCAGGAGAGACAGUGAUCAGGUCAUAUUUUAAGUAACAAACACAUUUCAUGCCCCAGAAAGAGAAAUAGGAAAAUGCAAAUUAAUUAUUUUACAGAUGACUCCUCUGUUUACGCUGGGGACAUUUUUUGUACUAGCCAGCUGUACAAUAUGUACAGUUCUGCACAGGUCUUACCUCAGUGCGGUUGCUGUAUUCUUUAUAAAUCAUUUUUUUUCUUGAAUUUCUAAGACACAGGUAAGAUUUAUCAUCGUACUCCUAAAUAAGGGCUUUUAGUGAUGAGGGUAUGACUACCUGGUGCUAUGGUUUAAAGCUCCUCUAAGGAGUUUUAUUGUUUGUUUGGUUUUUUUACAUUUAUGAAAUAGACUGAAAUUCAUAUUGAUGCCUUAAAGCGAACAAGACAUUCUACGACAAGAUUGAUGGUUGUAUAUCCUAAUUUGUAAAGCCUGAAACUGAUGUGAGGUGGCAGGUGUCAGCUAAGCAGCUGAAGAACUCUGUUUUUUUUACGAGUUUUACAUCAAAUAUUUUGAGUAAAUCACUGUCAAAAAGUUAACAGGAUGCUAUAAGCAAAGACUUCUGUGCCUGCUGGGGGGCCAAAAUUGACAAAUCUUCAAGUUCCUCAUAGAAACUUUAAAGAGAGACAUUGAUGAAUGUUUUGGAGAUAAAAAAGAAUCCCUUUUUUCUGUAGUUGAAGCCUGCAGGGCUUUUUGCUCUGACGCAGAAUAUUUGAAGUGAAGUAAUUGGAAGAAAAUUCCUGUGUUGCAAUUGUACAAUCUGAAAAGUUUCUCUGCGUCACAGGUCAACAGUUGAAAAAUUCUCCUUUCCUGAAGUCCCCUACAGCCACCAACACUAGAUCUGUCAUGGUAUUAUUGGACAGAUUUCUUCAACUGUCUUUUCUAGACAUCCUUGCAACCUUUCAAGCUCAUUCUUUUCAUUUUAGAAGGUUCGCAAGUGUUGUAACUAAAGGUGAAAGAAAGUUAAUGAGAGUCGUUCCACAGUCAAUCCUGGCCCCGCUGCCUCGGGGUUAGAUGCUUCAGAUACCUGCUAGUUACUAGAGGUUAAUUGGAGUCAAGUGUCUUCAGUCUGAAUGCAACAAUCAGUGGGAUGUUAGAGAAAUAGUUAACAUGCACAAUUUUUGGUAAUGCAAGAAACAGACCGUGGAUAGGAACUCUUCCCUUUUAGGCGAGUUUCCCUGCAGCUAUCCUCAAGUAAUUGAAAUUCAUUUGCACAAGGAAAGUUGUUAAUCUUUAACCUUAACAGGCUGAUAAGCUAUCCCCAUGGGUGGAAUCACAACCUCUCAGAAACCCAUUAUGAUACAUUCCACCAGGUCACUCCUCUCUUAUCGUCAUGUUUUCACCGAGCCAUGUGACCGAUCUGUACAUCAUGUUUGGAACAGCAUGCUUUAUGCGUGGCUUCUGUUGCAAUGACUUUGAGCGAGUAUGUGUGUGUGUGUUUUCUCUCUGCAGUUCAAGAGGUUCCACAGAGAGGUGAUAGUCGAGCUGGAGAAGAAGACAGAGAUGGAUGUUAAAUACAUGAAUGUGAGUAUAAUGAAGUAUAAAAUAUCCCCCUUCCUUUCCCAAGAUUCUUUGUCUUCUUGCAGCAAUUCAGAUACCUAGACUCUAUAGCCCACUAGCUAGCAAAUGAAUCCACCCAUGCUAGUGUGACAAUAAAAAGGUGUUAUUACACAUUUAUAGAUUUAAUUAUGCUUAAUAAAUGAAUAAAUAAAAGCUACCUUAAAUUGUGUGCUGGGAGAACACUAAUGCUGCGUUCCAGUUACCUCAGAAGUCAGAUGUCGGAGCUGGAAAUGACGUUAAAUCCAAGUUGACGGCGUUCCAGUUAACAAGUCGGAAAACCAAGAUGGACGCCUCCAGUUACCCGUUGUUAGCUGUUGUUCACAAUUGUCAGUUGUUGUUAGCUGUUGUCAGCGGUUGUUGGUUGUUAUUAGCGAUACCAGUUGUAAACAACGCAUAACACAGUAUUUUACUCUUAUAAACAUCAUAGCACAGUGUUCACAGUUCGAAGUUGGACAGUCAAACAUAUACCACUUAUUUAAUUUCAAAAAAACAAAACAGAAGUGCUAAUAAAUAAUUUAUUACGAGAGCUUUCACUGUUACUCUUCACUGUUGAUGCACUGUGCUGCCAUCUUGGAUUAUGACGUUGUUGUCAAGUGGUGAUUGGUGAGGAUUGUCCGACUUUCUGAGUUGGAAAUCUGACUUCAGGGGGGCGUUCGGGAGCUCCCUGACUCGGAGCUCGGAAAUUCCGACUUCCGAGUACAACUGGAACGCAGCAUAAGAGUUGGCUUUACCUGCUCCGAGAUAGCUCCAAACAGGAGACGUUACAUAAUAAAGUAGCUGAAAUUAGUCUAUCUUCCUACUCCUAAAGAAAAAUGUGCAGCCUAGGAAUAAAGUAGGUGAGUAAGUAAGUUAAUGGAUGAAUAAAUAUUUCACACUUACAAAUCCUGAAUAGAAACUUAUUCAAACAUUAGUUCCUCUCCUUUGCAUCUGAUUGAAUUUAUCAUGUUUAUCAGUUCCUUCUUUCUCAUGCUUCUCUUUCCAAACAUCACCCACAGGCUACAUUUAAGCGCUAUCAGUCAGAGCACAAGCUGAAGCAGGACUCCUUGGAGCGCUCACAGACAGACCUGAAGAAGCUCAGGAGGAAAAGCCAGGGAAAGCACUCGUCCAAAUAUGAGAUUAAAGAGAACGAGGUGAGUCUGAAACCAAACUGACCCCAGAGUCCUCAGAGCCUUUGCGAUACAUAAUGUACACCUGCCUGAUGCUUUGUGUGGCUUUUUCAAGCAUGGUGCUGUUGACACAUGCUUAUGCUCUGAUGCUUUUGAAAAGGAAUAUGACAAGUGUACAAUUAACGUAACUGGGUGGGGAGAUUUGGCAAGAUAGUUCUCAUGAUAACUACAUACCUGUGUUCAGGUGAGAAAAGGGAGGAGGGGGGCAUGUGGUUUACAUUUUUCACUUGAGAAUAACAUAACUUACAUAACUUUGCAACAUAUAUGACAGCUACUGUAGGAAACACACUUAUCUAAGGUAGUUAAAGGGACUUAACCACUAUGCACAAGACUUGGUUUUUGCAUGCACUAGAGCUGUAUCUGGUCUCCCUGCAUUCAUCCACAAACAGAGGAUUGUGUUUUUAUUGAUGCUGGACACACCCAAAUUUGCAAAUAUGUAUGCAUGAAUGCUCACAUUCAUACAGGGUUCAUGCAAAAAACCAGGUUCUACUGGAUGCUGCAAUCACAAUUUGCCUCAACCAAAUACUUACCUUAUGCUGACUAAAAAACAAUUUGAUUCAAUUUGGUUAAACUUCCAAAACAGUUCCAUAACAAUUGUAAGAGGUCUUUCUCUGUUCAGGGAGAGCUGAUGAUACAAACAGAUAAUAGAUGUAGACAAACUACAAGAGACCAAAUCUUUCGCAUCUCAAAGAUCUUAGAUGACAGAGCUAAAACAAACACAAUGCUGAGUGAACAGAAGAACACGCACAUGGCUUUGAAGCUUUAAUUCUCAGUGUUGAAAUCUGUCUCUCAUGAAUGUGUUUGCUCUGUGGUGUUCAGUGACCCUGAAUUUAUUGGCUGAAGUGUGUGCUUUCAAAAGCCUGAUUGUUGCAUAAUGUGGGGUGUUUUCUGUCCUGCUGUUUACUACCAAGUACAGCUUGUCUGUUGAGGGAGUUUUUUGACUGAUUUUGAUUAGAAUUUCACAGGGGGAUAAAGGUUCAGUGAUUACUAAUAUGACCGCAUGGAUACACCUAACCUUUAUGAUACAGUUUCUGUAUAGCGGUAAUGAUGGUCAGAAGAAAUGACUCACUGUAUCACUCCCUUAUGACUCCUUCAUGACUCCUUAUGGUCGUGCGAAAUGCAUCAAUCCUGUAAUCUACCUUUCAGGGCCAUUUCUUUUUUCUUUCUGUUAAUCAAAAACUGUGAUGUUCCAUUGUUUGAUCGUCUUGUAUUUAAUUAAGUAUCGCUAUAUUAUGUUAUCGGCAAUGUUACACAGUAUGCAUGGUCUUGUGAGGUACCCACCACUACUGCUGACAGAGUAAAUUUUCAAUCUGUUGUUGAUUAGAAACUACAUUUUAUGUAAUUUUCUAUAUAAUAUUUUCUGUAAAAGAAGUUUCUACACUGGCUUGUAUUGAAAAAAAAACACAAAGAUAAGUCUAUGAUUGGCUCAUAUUGGCUCAAAUCAGUCCACAUUAAAUUGGAUCAGGCAUUUAUUUUUUACAUUAUUAUUCAUUCAUCUAUUCAUACAUCAUUAUUCAUUAGAAAACAAGAUCUUAUUUCAACCUGAUUUGCAAACAUAUGCACUGAUAUCAUUAUACCUGUCACUGGCCAGUAUCGGCUUGAUGACGUAUGAGAAAAUAUAUACACAGUAUAUAUCUAUGAUGGCACAUAUUGGCUUCAUAAUACUGGCUUACUGAAAUAUCUGUCAGCCCAAUAUAACAAGAAGUCCCAACAGCUCCGACACCUAUUUGCUUUGCAUAUCAAUGUUUUCAAAUGAUAGAAGACAUGCAAAAAGCUCCUGUUUAUCUUUUGUAAUAUUUUAUUGACUGUUUUCACAGCCGGACUUCCACACUGCCAGGAUGGUGUGUAAGACUUGCUUGUUUUUAGACAAUGAUUAAACCAUAUAUUGAAGGUUUAUUGCAAGUGAAAAAGCUAUCCACAUUUAGUUUCCUUUACCCUUGCUGAUAAAACCUGAAUCCUAUCUCUGCACUUGAAUAACAUCUUUUAGAAGAUAGUCGUACACUCAGUUGUCUUAUCAGGGUGGAGCUGAAAAGCUCAGCUAAGACUGAGAGCUGUAACGCCUUUUUUAAUAGAUCAUUAUCUAAAAAAGUGACACCUGUUGACCAAAGGAAGACUUCCCAGCUUUCUCUUUGUCACGUCUAGGGGUGGCAGUGAGCUCAGACCGGUCUGUCAGCCCUCCCACAUCUCAGAGCCCCAAACAAUUGUUCGCUGCAAAAAUGAGAAAUGCGGAGUCUUGAUUCAGCGUCUGGCAGGCUAUCGUGGAGAGAGAAGGAGUGAGAGGGAGAAAAUGAGACCAGACAGAAGAGUCAGGUCUUUCCACAGGGCCCUUAGAGACAGGCUGCUUUAGUGUCACCAUGACAACCUGGGGAAAAUGCUCUUAUCAGAGUGGGUGUAGAGGAAAAAAGAUGGAGGGUCUACUGUAGUUGAGAAGUCGUUUUAGAGUUUGAAAUACCUUAUGUCAGGUUUAGUGGUCCAUCUGCUUUAUUUAUCAUUUGCAACAUCUCUGCAGAGAUGGUGUUUCUUUGAGGACAUUAAUUUGUUUCUCGCUGCAGUAAAAUUGAUCUACAAGCAGCAGGAAAGCCACAUUAAGUCGUCCCUACAGUGCUGAGACUCUGAUUACGAAGCUCAUUAGGACCUUAGUGACUGAAUCUGACCAGAGCAUGUAAACAUUAUGUUUUAACCACUUGAUGAUUAAGUCUGAGUCCAGCAAGACUUGCCACCCACUCAGGUCAGCGUUACUUUCCUCUGUUGCUCUGCAGAACAGUCUAUGUCACAGCCUACACUGCAGAGCUGUAGCUGCAGGGAGAACAUGGAGUCAAAAUGUUGUUCAUAAACACACUCUCUGUCUAAAAAAAUAUGAUUUUAUGCCGUUUGAAUACUAAUAACAGCAAUGCAUUUCCCACAGCUUUCAUCAGCCUUAUGAAAGAGGGACAGAGCUUAAGAAGAAGUCUUACUCAAAAUGCAUGUAAACAACUGCUUGUGUAGGAAGUAAAUUUUCAUGGCAACAGUAUGACGUAUGACAGGUGUGUGCAACAGGUUUGACUGUAGAUAAUAUCUGUGACAAAUUGAAUGAAAUAAGUAGGAAAACAUAAAAAAAACUGCUUUUCUGAUUUUGAUGAAAAAAUGGGGGAAAUUUAAAAAAUUGAGAGAUGACUCUUAAGUUAGUUGAUUUUGCAUGGACACGUCAAGCCUUUCUGAUCUCAAGACUCAGUCUGAUCUGCAGUAUGAUGUACAGUUUCUUUAGGAUUAGAUGAACUGAUAUGGCAUCCUUCAUGGAUAUAUCUGAUGAUGUAUGUGAAAUGCUGUCAGACUGGAAACGUGAUGACUCAAGACAUGAUCAGGCGAUUGCUGAGGAUAAACUUAUGUUGUGAUAACGAGACAAUUAUCGCAUUGAUUCAGAAAAGCUGAUUAAUUUGUCUUCAGUUAAUGCAUGGAAACAAAGAAAGUUGGAAAAAAGACAGGACGAAGAAAGAAUGACUGAUAAAGAAAAGUCAAAUAAUGGGGGAAUACAUUUAUAGUAUCAUAUUUGUUAUAGUCUUCAUUUUGUCCAAAUUUAAGGGUGGAGGGGGUUCUGGCUCUCAAAGGUUGAUUAAAAAAAAACAAUUAAUUACAGAUUUUACAUAAAAAAUAGUGAUUAAAUUGAAAUAUCAAUUCUAUGUUACAAUCUCUAUAAUCCUGCAUUUUAUAAUAGCUUAAUGUCCAUAUUAACAAUGAAACGCAAUUGAAAAAUGCAGCUAAUUCUUUAGCUGACACCUUACCACCCCAUUGCAGCAUUUUCAUACAUUAAGAAUGAGGUUAUGGAAGUUAUUACAGUGAGUUUUAGUUGGUUACACAAAUGUCAAAAGAAUCCUCACAGUAGCUUUAACUAGCUCUGUUGCCUAUUAAGAAUAUGCAGGAGUCCAUGUGCUAAAUGUUCAACAGUGUCAGUAUGAUGUGCAGUUAUUCUUUGUACAGUUCUGUUUACACCCUGAGAUCCAAUGAGCUUCAAAUCCCCAAACAUGACAGCAUUUAUACUUAUAAGGAGUUUCAGUUGUCAUCCAUCCUGCAAACAACUCUUCCGUGUAGUUUUACCCGCAGGUCUGCUUGCUUGAAAUGUGUCAUUCAAAAGAGCAUUGCUGUUGUUAUUUUUCACCGCAGCUAUAGCAAGAGCAGAGUCGCAGUUUUGGGUCGGGUACAGCCUGCUGAAAGUGGACAAUAUACAGUGCAAUUAAAAAAAUUAAUAUGUCAAUUUUUGGGGAAUUUAAUUGGAUUGCAAUCAACAUUUUGAUACAAACAGCCCUGGGGUUUUUUUUUAAUCUGUAAACUCACCUUGCCUUUAUUUUUGAAAAAGUACCAAAAAAGGCUUUUAAUUGUUUCGGAUCAGAAUUUUCUCCCAGGAAAGAUACAAAUAAUAGAUAUUGUUGACAGUGAGGGAUAAGGAAAAAUAGAGUCUAUUGUCAAUAUAAUCACUUGUAUGUGAUUGUGUUGUGUUGUAUGUUAAUUGAGACCAGCCUUUUUUCUUUUGCCAACACAUGCAUCCACACCCUCCCGCUUAAGGGGUCCCUGCUUUUAACUCGGAUUGGCUUUAAUUCAAAGUUUUAUGGUAUCUUAAUUCCUUAAAAAUCCUAAGCUUAGGGUUUUAGUUCUGGAUUAGUUUGAAAUCAGUUUAAAUCUUUUCUCUACAAUGUAAUUUUUCACGUUUCGCUCCUUUAGAAUCAGCUGGUAGCUAUUCAUGUACCCUGACCUGCCGUCUUUCCUUCGACCCUCUCUGCAGUAUUUGGAGACCAUCUCAUCACGGCAGAUGGACAUGCAAAAGUUCAUCGCUGACGGCUGCAGAGAGGCCUUACUGGAAGAAAAGAGGCGCUUCUGUUUUCUGGCUGACAAACACUGCAUGUUCUCAUAUCAACUCACCAAUUUCCACGAGAAGGUGAGCUUUUACAGAGAGAUUAUCCUCUACAUUUAGACCCCUUAAAUAUGGAGACUUGUAGUCAUUUAAAGUCUUGUUCUUCCAGGCCAAAGAGACUUUGUCUGUGAAGCUCCCCACCUGGCAGGAAAAGUGCAGCGACAUCACUAAGGUGCCAGACACGGUGAUGACCAUGAUAGAGGGGCUGUCCACAACUCCAGAACAAUCUCCGCUGGUCGAGCGCUACAACAGGGUGAGCACUGGCUGCAGUAGGAAGAUAUAUCAUAUUCUAAUCCAAACUCAAUUUCAUCUUUCAGUGAGAUGCUUCAGAGAAAUGACUUAGGAUAAAAGCAUUUCAAAUUGUUUAUAUGAAGAACAAAUCUUUCAAAAAAGCUUGGCCCUGAAGGGUUUUUAUCUUUAUCUAGCAGAGGUGCUCAUAUCAGAUUAAGACUGCACUGAGAGGAAUGGUUAUCUGCUUUUCACACAUGGGGAUCCUGCAUGAGCUCUUUUUGUUCCCCACUGUAUGUGUUUUGGUUAAGGUAGUUUAUUGCUGCUUGGGAGGCAGACAGUGAGCUUCAGAUGAUGACAGUUUGACAUUAAUCGCCUUGAUAAGAUCUUGACUAUAGCCAUUGAGACAAAUGUUUGAUAUUAUUUCAUUAUUGCCAGCUCAUGUCAAGGGUACUGUCUGUUUCUCCUUCCCAGAACAAUGUGGAGUCAAUGGUUCCUCCUCCAGCACCACCCAUUAAAGCACAUAUCAGUCCGCUAGCCAAUAUGUUCAACCCAGAGCCCAGAUCUCCACUCACCUCCUCUUCAGACCACAACUCAGGUAUAGAUAACUCCAACACAAAUAGACUGUACACUAAACUGUUUCAUUUAGAAACCGUGUUGAAGACGGUCUGUUUGAUUUUGUAGGAUGUAUAGAUGUAUUUUUAUUAAUUUCUCUCAGAUUUUUUGUUUUGUUAGUAAAAGCUCUUCAUAGAUUUAUUCAUCUCUGGUAUUGUGAUCCCUUUGACCUUCAGAUCAGGGCAGUCUUGGCGAGGGCAGUCUGUCCCGGUCCACAUCUCAGUCAUCUGGUCUCAAUAUGGGCAGAAAGCACAGAGUCAGGACCAUCUUUCCACACACGGCAGGCAACAACCCCACACUCCUCAGCUUCGACGACGGAGACAUCAUCGCUCUGCUCAUCCAGGAAGAGAAAGACGGCUGGCUGUAUGGAGAGCUGGAGAAGACGCAGCAGUAAGUUUUCAAAACUAUUUCCUUAGUUUGGAUCUGUAGAGAACAUCUGAGCUCUUUUCCUUAAACUUGUUUCAUUUAUCAGUAAAAUAAAUUUAUUUUGGUGGGGUUGUUAUUUUGCUUCGAAAUGAGUCAAACUAAACCCAACUUUUUAUUCAUAUCAGGAUCCAUCUGAUUUUAGAGGCUGUGUCCUGAUUUUAAGCUUUUCUUGUUUUUAACAAGUUCCUCUUCUCUCAAAUGGUGCUGAAGACUUAGACAUGUAAUUCCUCUGAUCUACCGAACACUAUUGUUUCCUGAUAACCAUUGAAAUGCAUCGAUGAGUGACAUGCCUUUAAUAGCUGGCAUGUUUCUGAACAGACACACUGCAGUACUGCAGUACUGUAGUUAACUUUUAUUCCAACUCCUGUGAACCUGCUUAUGUAAUCCUUAUAAAAGUGCCAAAUUAGAGUGAAAAGGUUGUAUUUUUCACUGCUAAUGUCAGAUUUGCAGAACACUACUAUUCCCAGAUUUUUAAGUCAAUUUUCUACCUUUAUAAAAGGCUGAACUACUUUUUUAUGGUCAGAGAAUCACAAAAUAUAACAAAGGUAUGAUUCACUUUUCUCUUACUCAUGGUCUGUCUUUAAUUUUUUUCACAAGGUUUGAUUCCCCUUGAAAUACAAUUGACUACUUUUGAUGCCUCUCCAAAAUCCUGAACUAUGAUUUUUUUUGUGACAGAAUCUGCUUAAAUAUCUGUUUAAAAAGGUUUAUAUUUAAAUGUGCACAUAUCAAUGUUGCCUCAGUCUCUCAAAGUCUGGAUCUGGAUCUUCUGAAAGUCAGAAAGUAAUGAGACAGAUCUUGACACUUGGGUGUUUUUUUGGAUUUGUUAAAAAAAAAGGUUGUAAAUGAUGAGCAGGUUGGUGUUACUUUAAACUUUGAAAAAACUACAUUUCUUUACAAAGCCCCCCCCACCCCCACGCAGCAGAUUUAAGUUCAGUCUAAAUUCAACCUUUGGCACACCCACGAGAGGAAAUGUACUCUCAUCCCUGCAAAUAUGCAGCAGCACUGACACACAGGCGUUUUCCACAUAGCUCAGGUUAGCAGUACGAGUUUCUGUUUUGUGUUCGAGAAUAUUUGACUGCGUUAAUGCAUCGUGCCCAGAAACACGGAGUAUGUGAGGUAUGUUCAACAUGACAGUCAUAAAGCUCUCUCUCCCUCCCUUUCUCUCUCUCUCUCUCUCUCUCCCUUUCUCUCUCUCUGUCUUCUACUCUCUGUCUCUUGCCCUGCCCAGCAACAACCACACACAUGAAAAAAAAUUCAGGUGCACAUUAUCUGCCACACACACUCCCAAACAAGCUGGAAACAUCUGGUCUUUUUAUAUUCCAAUAGACAUGAACAAAAUUUUUUUUCAUUGUGCCGCAUGAUGAUGAUGAUGAGCGUCUGAAAUAAAUUCAACCAAAAUGGCAAUUACACUGAAAUAACAUCUUCAUUCAGCAGCUGUGACUCAGCGUCUCCUGCUGACAACAAAGAGGGAAAGAUGUCCCAUUUAAGAUGCUGCUAUAUAAACACACACACACACACACACACACACACACACUUGUUGGAUUUUCUAUCUUGUUUUGAUCAAACUGUCAAGCUGGGGGGUACAAAAGUUUUGUUUGUAGCUGCAGCACAUCCACAGAUUCUCCUCUGAGUUUGUCAUGUUAUUACAUUUAUCUUCAUCUUCCAGAUUGAUCAAUUAAAGCUGAUAAUGCAGCCAAAAAGGAUUACAGCCUGUUUACAGAGCGGGUGUGUAAAUAUUUCCACACUCUAUUUAAAAUGAAUGAACACAAGCUUAAUCUGUUCCCUGUGUGUGUUUGUGUAAUUGAGUGGCUUUUGGAGUUGAGGGGUUUUUAAUGCAGUCCUCAAGAAGAGGACAUGUUGCUAUAAAUCACAUUAUACUCUGUUUCUUAGCAACAAAUCCAGUGCAUCAGUCUGAUAAGCUGUCUUUCCUCUAUUCGUGACUUGACAACAACUUCUGAGGCUGAGUGAACAAAAUCUUUCCCAUUUUUUAUGGCUGAUAUAUGCAUUUUAUCCAAGUGUGCAGCAUGUAGCAGGGAUUUCUAACUAGUGUUACUCACAAAGAGAUCUAAUUAUAGCUUUUGAAGGCACACAGAACAGUAAAAUUCCUGCUAUGACUUUUUAAUUAGAUAACAUACAAGUAAAAAUAGGCCUGAAGAUUUGCAUUAUUAAUCUUAAAAUGUGUUGAUCAAUCAUACUGCUAAUCUGGCAUUAAGAAAAUUAUGUACCUCGUCAAAUAGUCUUGAAAUAAAAUCCAUCUUGCCAGCCUCAGUGCAUUCUCCUGUAACUGUGUAGGACAGAGAUCAAUACUGUCAAUAAAGACCUCUGCUCAAGGUCUCCCCCAGAUUUUUCUGGCUUUAGUUGCUUUAAUUAAAGAACUUGAAAAAGUUCAAAAAGUUUCCAAAGUUAUUGCAGGUCUUUGUGGGAAAACUUUUACAAUUGUCCCUAGUUUUCUUUUUGGUCAAACUAAUGUUAUCAUGAAUUGUCCAGAACUAACAAAUCUGCUGUUGCGGGGCUCCUGGAGUCGACUUCGCAUCAUCACAGAACGAUCUGAAAAAUGAUUCUCCUCAGCUAAAGUUAACAGCUGCAAGCGAAAGCCUCAUUAUCAGAGAACAAAAGCAAAAUCGGUACUAACUUUGCCUCCUGACACUGGGCGAGAAUCCAAAUAAACAAGUUAGUUUCCCCAAGAGGAAAAUCACUAGAGUUUAUGUAAGGGACUAUGUGUAGUGAGCAGGUUGUUUAAGUGGACUGAAACGCUGAUAUGAUGAAUCCACAGCAACUCAAAUGAAUUCAUUGCUUUACACCAAUUAUUAAUUCAGAAAUAAUGAUAAUAAUAAUAAUACAUUUUAUUUAAAAGCGACUUUCUGGACACCCAAGGACACUGUACAGGGCAUUAAAAACACAGUUAAAACACAGUUAAAAUAAAUAAAAACAACAUACAGGUUUUAGUUGUUUAAAACGGAGAUCCAAUCACUACUUGAUCCAAUCAGAAUCAAGUUUUGAACACAACCAGGACAAUGUCUUAUGUUAUCUUACAUUUUUUUAACUAAUGUUUUUAACUCUCUCAUCAGGCGAGGCUGGUUUCCCUCAUCUUACUGCAGACCUUAUUCUGAGCCAGCGAUAUCAAAUAGGUAAGAAAGUUUGUACAUCCUGGGAAGUUAAUCAGGGUUUUUUUUUUUUUGAGCUCAUAUGCAAAAGCUUUACUUAUAUCUAAUGUAUGAUUACAGCGAUCUGGGCACACCAGUUCGAAGCCUGAGUGAAGUCAGUCUGCCAGAGCAGGAGGAGGAAGAGGAGGAGCCCGUGUUACUGCCCCCGCCGGACUACAGCGAUGAUGGCGCAGUGAUCCCUUCAACGCUAUCGCCACAUAAUAUGGUCAGUACAAUCAUCUUGUCUGGCAAUUAUAGACUAAUCACACAAUGGAUCAAAAUAUUGCAAAAAACGCAAACUACUUUAUACUGUUACUCUUGGUUUAAUGUUGGGGGUUGGUCCAAUAACACACUCACAUACUGUAACUUUAAAUAACCCUUUUUCAAGCGUAUGUCCUGUUAUCUGUUGUUUCUGUGUGUAAUAAGGAUAAAACAUGAGCAGAACAGUUGUAGUAAUAGUAGAUAUGGGAUAUAAGUAUGUUUAAGUUGGUGUAUAAUCAGCCAAACUCAAAUGAAACGGGACAAAAUUGUUAUAGGUGUAUGUGUUUUUGUGUUUCGCAAGUGGCUGAUUGAAACGCUUCAGUCUGAAGAUGAAGAAGAAGAGGAGGAGAGUAGUUGUAGUGCAUAAAAGAGGUCUUGGUGAUCGAAGUUUUUGAUAGAAAAAGACUUCAUAAAUGGGGAUUGUUCUUAUUAUAUAUCACAGCAGCUGCACACUUUCAAGCCAACGUAAGCUGGCCCCCUUUCUAUGGGGUUGCUAUUUUUUGAUCAUACAAGUACAGAGCUGUGGAUGCAUGGCAUGUUUUAUCAAAUAUUCAUCUAAAAAAAUUUAUCUAAGACAUUUGUAACCAUGAAGCAGAAGAACAAGUGAAAAAGUAGCUAUGAACAAUCGACUGACAAAAUUAGAAAACAGAUGGCAAACUUUUUGAAACAUGUUUUGCUAAGUAGUGAAAUCCCUCUCCUGUGUGUUGCCUAAAGACAAAGAGGAGAGUGAUGGAAAUCAACUUGAUAAUGAGCGCUUAGUUAUCUAUUUGACAAGUGUAUUAAGCUAAAGUGAGCUUUCUGCCAACAAGUUUUCACCUUGAUGUUAACAUGUUAGUGUUUUGUUUGACACAAAACUUGAUCUAACCAGGAAAUAACCAGGAAAGACUCUAAACUUGCAACUUUUUGCUCAAAAGUUUGAUUAUUGCCACAACUGGUGCUAUUUAAUGUUAUUUUCACAGCUUGAGACAAAUCUUUAAGCCAUAUUGAAACAUUUUAAGGCUACUUUAUGCCAAGUCAAAUGUAUGAGAGAAGCUUUUAUCAAAGAGAUAAAACAUGUGAAUCAUCAGCGGCAAGCAGAGAGUUUUUGUGGGGUUAUGAAAGCUAAGAUUAAAGCUUUUAUAACAUUUUUACCUCAGGAAUGAGUUUGUUGUUUGUGUCUGACGCAAUUAAAAUCCAUGAGACGAAUUCUGUCUCUCUUUCAACACACAGUGCUGAUUUGCCUUUAGGCCACACACUCAGGCUUUGUGGGCCAGAAAACAUCUUACAUUUCCUGCAGGGAUUUCUUGAUUGAGUGUGCUAUGACUCUGAGGCCAAACCCUUGUAUGAAGUCACACAUGCAGAACUUUUUUUGUCUGACUAAUAACGUCUUAUCAGCGACGCUGCACUGAGUCGUCAAACGCCUCCACACCUUUAAAACAGAGUGAGCCUGGAACACACCUUAAUUCCUCUGUCCAGUUUGAGGAAAUGUGCUAUAUUUACCCGGAUUAUGACAGCCCUACAGGAAAUGUUUGUGCUCUUCAGGAGUCUUCUUUCUAAAUUUUAAACCAACUACUGUAUGUUGGUACCAAAAUACCAAAGUAAAAUGUGCAAAAUAAAACAGACGUUUCUUGUUAUUCCCCAGGAAAGUGUUCCCAGUCGUGUUUUGUUUGGGAUUAGAUAUAGAGGAGAUAAAAGAGAGUUACAGUGAAGGCAUAAAAGGACAAGAGGGUAAAGGAACAAUUUCAUUGCCUGCACUGUGUCAGCUGAUUGAGAAUGAACUAGUAGCUGUCCAGCCAGCAGGCUAGUCCGGGCACGCUCCUUUCUCCCUCAUCACUGCUUCCUCCCUGCUCUGUCUGUACCCAGUGUCCUCUGUAUUUGCUGCCUCAGAGUUUUACCAGGAAAUAAAACAUGAUGAGGGGGACACCUUCCCUAUCCUAGGAAUCCUGAGCGUUAAACCCAUUAUUUUCUCAUCUUAUAUUCUUUUAGAGUUAGAUUUUGUAGGCACUCAGCACAACAUGGAAACAGUCCAUGCUGUCUCUUUGCUGGUGUUUUGAGAGGAGCAGAAGGCUGAGUCUGUAUUUUGGGUUUGUUAUUGUGACUGAGGGGUAAAGGUAGACUUUGUCACCUGUGCUCUUGGAAACCUUGUUCCCUGAGUUCCCUCUUUUCUGUUUGUUUUGUGUGGUGGAGACACACACAAAAAGGACCCAAAGUGACCUGAGGUUUUAUCUGUAUUAUUUUCAAUUAUUGCCAAAAAAUGUGGCUGUUUUUCUUGUGAUGAAGGCCCUAAACUGAGAGAAGGUGGCAGUAGUUUUUCUGGUUCCAUGUAUUUGGUGUGCUUUGCAUAAAGUUCUUAACCAUCCUUAACCAUUAGUUUGCAUGUUGUUGGCAAAUUUACUUAGAAUGUGUUGUAAACCGAGCAGCAACUUCACAAUGAACCUUUCAGCUUAGCGAAGUCAGCAGGGAAGUAACCACAAGGUUAGCAAGGUCGUUUGUUUAGAUAGUAUUUAGUCUGACAGUUAUGCAUGUGUUUGAAGGGUAAGGGUAAUAAAGGGUGGAGUAAGUUGAUUGACAGGCGGGUGUAUUGUAUCUGUUGGCCCGCUUCGACUCCACCUCCAGAAGUUUAAGUAAUUUUUUCUAAGGUACUUACAGCUAAAGUUGAACUUUUAUCAUUUAUCAGUUCAUGUUCAGUCACCCUGAAUAUUUAAAUGAUAAAAUCUUAUUUAAAUACAUAUUGGUAUCCGAUCCAUUCAACCAAAAACAACUUGCUUUAAUCAAAAACUCAUGAGUUGAAUUCCUCGGAUGCAUCCUCAGAGGUUCUUCACAGAAAUAUAAAAGCAAGUAUUUGCUGCAGAGACCCCCCAGGGCUCAUAACUCAGAUUCAUGUUCUCACACUAUAUCGUCCCCAUGCCCACUUAGCUCUGUAAAGUUGAUAAGAUUAUUGUCGUCCUCAGGUGAGAGAAAAGAGGAGUGUAUCUCUCACCAGCCUUACUAGAUUGUCUAGAUUCCUGACUGGCUGAGGUUCGUGGUUGAAGCUAAACUACGUGUCAUAACUCGGCAGCGCUGAUUAGGAAGGAGGGAGGGGGCCAGACUAGUGCUGAUGGGAAAUCUGAUCAAACCAGUCUGGUAACGCUGACUUUCCUCUCUGGAGGGAGGGUGUGGAUUUAUGGUGAUUCUGGUGUUGUGUGUUGCAUGUUGUGUGUCACCUCUCUUUGUUGACUGCAUCUUAAAGGGUCUCUUCUUCUGUGUUUUUUGACAACAGGUGUCUCUAGUCAAUGGAAAUGCAAAGGCUCCCUUUCUAGGGUGAGUGAUUUAACACAACUAACAAAAACUGACAGUUUUUUUUUCCAGGUAGAGGUAGCCUAGGGACCAGAUGACGGUUUUUGUUCCCAUUUUCUUCCUGUAGGGGAGGGAAUCCAUUUGCAACAGUCAAGCUGAGACCAACCGUCACGAAUGACAGAUCAGCUCCAGUCAUCUAAAAACCCGGAGGAAGAUUUUCACCGCUGUCAUGCCUUCAGGGGAGUCAUAAAUAUGGGACCCCUGUGACACAACAAAUAUCACCCCAACCUGACAUCUCACCAGCCUGCAUGCUAGUCCAUCUCAGUGCCAGUCUCCUCAGUCAUGGGGAUACAUUGUUGCUUUGCACAAGUGUGUUUUACUGAAGUCACUACAAGGACAUGUUUUGUAAUCACAUCCUGGUAGGUUUUGUCAAAGAAAGAAAAUAUUUUGUUGUAAAGUAAGUGUCUAAGUACAAUAAAUUACCCCAACAUGAAAAUUCAGACCUUCGUAAAGUGCUGAGAAAUGAUUUUGCUUCUGAUGGUCUCUUCACAAUAAAAGCCACAUUGUGUUUUGACUGAAGGUAGCUUGUGAUGCAAAGUAGUGCCAGUAAGAAAAGCUGGAUUGUUGGAAACAUAACACUUUGAUUGAAUCUUACAGUAGCAGUAAUAGAUCAGUGUUCCCUGUGAACUCAUCAUGCAUAGGCAGGAGAUCAGACUCCAGCAUGAGAAUAAUGGUCCCUGAAGAAAGUACCUCAUUAUAUAGAGGUAAUUAAGUAAGGAUCAUGUAUGGUGAAAGGAUGGUAAUGUAAAAAACUAGAAUCCUAACAGGGAGAGCAGGACACUAAUGUGAAACUGUGGGGUCCUCCUGUUUCUAAUGACAUGAAUUUUCAUUUUGGGGUGAAAUGUCCCUUUUAAAAGAAUGCUCAGACUCUAUCAGACGGUCUUUUAAGGCUUCCCUUGACCUGCUGUUGGCUCACUAUCUGAAUGUAAACACUAGAAACAUGAUACUGAUUAAAAAGACCAGUACCCAGGCUGUCUUCCUGACUUGCAAAAAAAAUGAUAUGACGUUAUUUCUAUUUUUAUUGAUCAUUUUUGUGUUUCUUUUUUAAGAAGCAUUGUGAUAUAAGAGGUUGUGAGAAUGAAGGGAGAGUGACGUGUUAGGGAAAAAAAAAGAUUUGUCAUUUGAGUGAAGGCAAAGCAGUAAGUAUGUCGCUGUUUAAAAUGAGACAGUUAUUUAUAUUCAGUAAUUUUGUUUGAGAUAUUUAAAUAAGAUGUGUGUACUGGAGUCUGUUCUGUGAAGCUGCCCUUUUAAACACAAGAGACUGUGUUGAUGAUCCCUCUUCUGCUGCUUCUGAUUUGACUGCUGGUAUGUAUUUGAAAUGAGCAGAAUGACCUUUUGAUGAAGGGAAUAUUUUCACUCCUCAUGGUUUCACUGUUUCAUGUAGACUCUUGACAGAUGACGCAAAACAAAAAUGUACUUCAUUGCUAGCCAUUUGCUGCGUAUGCAUAGAGUGGGUCAUUGUUUGAAAUCUACUUUAAAGUAUUAACUGUUUUGUGAGGAAGAGGACUUUUUCUUUGCCAUGAAUAUCAAUGUUUGAUAAGAAAAAGAUUGAACUGUUUAUUGAUCCCCAUUGACCCACUGAUGUUAAGUGUGUAAGUAAACCCAUCAUACAGAAUAGUAAAUCUGCUUUCUACAGAGUACUCUGCCACUGUGUUGACCAGUGUAGUCUCUUUUUCUCAAUAAAACAAAGUAAAGUAUGAGUCAGCAUGAUAA